UUGAGGUUCACUGAAGCAGCAGAGUGUGAACACGGUCCGCAGACUCCGAGGGUCUUCCUGCACAUCUGUCGAUCCGAGCUGUGUUUCCUGCUCGUGUUGAAUCAUGUGCUCCUGCAGCAGCAGCAAUAUGGCGGGACUGAGGCGCGUCGGCAGAAGCUCCGGCUGGAUGUGUGCCGCGUUCCUGACGCUCGCCGCCGGACUGAGCUCUCGGACGGACGCCGGGGAUGUGCUGACGGUGACGGACGCCAACUGGACGCUCAUCCUGCAGGGCGAGUGGAUGAUCAAAUUUUAUGCUCCGUGGUGCCCGGCCUGCCAGCAUUUACAGACAGACUGGGAGAGUCUGGGAAGACAAAGUGAAAGUCUGGGUAUAUCAGUGGGUAGAGUCGACGUUACACAGCAACCAGGUCUGAGUGGGAGGUUUCUGGUUACGACGCUGCCGACCAUAUUUCACGCUAAGGAUGGAGAUUUCCGCAAGUACGUCUCGGCGCGGACCAUCGAGGACAUCCAGGCGUACGUCGAGCAGAAGAAGUGGGCGAUCGUUGAGCCGGUGCCGGGAUGGAAGUCGCCGUCCUCUCUUCUAAUGUCAGGAAUGGCUAAUCUGUUUCGUCUCUCGGUGUGGAUACGAAUCCACACGUACCUGACCAACACGCUCGGCAUCCCUUCCUGGGGCUCCUACGUGAUUUUUGCCAUCGUCACGCUCUUCAUGGGACUGAUGCUCGGCCUGAUGCUGGUUUUGAUCGCCGACUGCAUUUGGCCGUCCAGACCCAAGCACAGAGAGGACAAAGCAGUGGUGAUCGUGAAGGAGGAGGUGUCCGAGGAAGAGGUGGAGGACAUCCUCAUGGAGGAGAAGCGCGCGUCUGACCUGGACAACGAGAGCGAGCGGAUGUCUGGAGACGAGUCGAGCGAAGAGGAAGCAGCGCCGGAGAGCUCCGUGAGGAAACGCAAACCGCAGAACACCGCCGAGGGAACAUAACGGCGCCGCCAAAAACAACAAGAAGAAGCGGCCAUAUCCGUAGGAUGCGCAAAGCAGCGCCGGCUAUCGGCUGAUUUCAGAUCGUGGUUUCUUCAUUUUACCCGCUUGUCGCUGCGGCCCACUUCGGUUUAGCUCUAAAGAGUAGUUGCUUCAAUUGAUCGCUGAGCGUUUUUUGCGCAGGACCUUCUUUAACGCCUCGUUUUAUACCGUCUAUAAAUGCCAAAAACACGAAUGCUAAUUAUUUGGACGCUCCGUGUAUCGUGUGCCAUCUCAAAAAAAAAAAAAAAUGCAUCUUAUAUCGCAUCAAAAAAAAAAAAAAAAAAAAAAUGCAGCUUGUUAGUAAAAAUUAAUAUCGAUAUCGUUCAUAUCGCUCGGAAAUCAUUGCGACGAAGGAUCGCUUGACGCUGAAAAUUCUGCUUUUCCCCGCAAAGGAGUCUUUAAAAAAUAUCAAAAGCAAAAUCGGUCAUUUUAAACGCUAAUAGUAUUACGAUUUUUACUGUGUUUUCAAUCAAGCGAAUGGAGGAAACAGGAAACUUUACACAGCGAUGCUGUCAACUUAUUUAAAUAUUAAAAUAUUUAUGUAACACGGUAGUAUUUGCUGUACUACCUCAAUGCUGGUUUUACAAGUUUUUUAAAAUAAAUUGUACAGCUAAUUUUAUCUUGAACUGUAAGCUUCCUGUUUUAUACUGUAACGUAGCGCAAUAUAGUGUUGCGGGAAUAAACCAGAUAAGUUUAUGGGAGAAAUGCUUGAUUUUCGCGACGCGAAACGAUUUGUAUUUUUACUCGUUGUCUCCUAAGCGGCUGAAUGAGGUUCGCGCGCGGCGCCGUUGUUUUCCCGCGCUUCCUAAAUCGCUUCCGUGUUGGCGUUCCACUUUCCCGCGUCACGACACGUUCUUAUGUUUAGCGCCAUCGCUGCCGUGUUAUCGGUUCUCAGGACGGGUAUGAAGACGUUGUUUUGUACCGCGUGUUCCCUGUAAUCGCCGAUUGAACUCAUGCUUUGCGCAAUAAACGUUUUACGGUGUCUUUGGUAUUAAAAGCGGCGCAGGGCUCCACGUUCAGUGGCCUUUCAUUUUUAUACUACGGACGGACUGUUUGAGUAUGUGUAGCAUAUCCAUGUUUUGUAAGCCGUGACCGGCACAGAAACACACCAGCACACCCCGAUCAGCGUUUCUGUGGCGUGUUUUACUGUAAGCUGUUCGUGACUGAUGAGUUUGUGUUCAUUAAACUUGAUAUGAAGAGUUUCGGGCUUUUAGUUCGUCGUGUCGGCGUUACAGAUGUUUAAAAAAAAAAAAAAAAAUAUAUAUAUAUAUAUAUAUAUAUAUAUAUAUAUAUAUAUAUAUAUA